AAUAGGCAAGGAGUGAUGAGCAAUAUCGGAGUACUGCAAAUCCUCCGAUAUUCAAAAAAGCCUUGUUGUAGUUCUCCGACGUGAGAACGUUUUCCAAGUACGAAAAACCGCCACCUGGUGGGGCGGUAGGACUUAAACCCCGGGAGCCGUUGUCUUGCGUGAGGUGGCGCGUCAUCUCCAAGCGCCUCCGCUGUCAAAAAAAAAAAAAGGACUAUCAGUUUCGGGUCUCCUUUCACUCCCCGAUCAGCUCAGAUAUCGAAGCCAAUCCCAUACCAUACCCACUGGUCCACAGCCCCCGGUUUCUGCUUCAUUCCAUUCCCCUCCCCGUCCCGUCCUCAUGUCUCCCACUGCCAACCCCAGCUCCCCUCACCUCAACCCCGCCGAUUCCGACCGCUUCGCCGGUACCCUGCCCCCUGAUCCGCUCCUCCAGUCGGGCUGCUUCAUCGACGCCACCGCCACUACCAGCGGAGAAACCCUAGUCGCCGGCGCUGAUAUGCCUAGCUCGAACGGUGCGGACGCCGCGACCCCGAUCCCGGGCCGCCGGUCAGAUCGAGCCGUCCGGGGUUCCCCUCCGUCAGGGGCGCCGAAAUCGAGCUCUAACGGCGGGGAGCCAGUCACCGCCACGGCGGAAAGCGCGGCGGAUGGCUCCGAGGACUCGAAGCCGAAGCGGAGACGGCGGCUCACAGUGGGGGAGAGGCGGGUGGCAGCAGGGGAGACACCAGAUUGGCUGCCGUCCGGUUGGAUCGUGGAAGAUAGGGUCAGAUCGUCUGGUGCUACUGCUGGAUUGGUCGAUAAGUACUACUGUGAUCCAGUCUCGGGCCAUGUGUUCCGCUCGAAGAAGGAGGUUCUUUACUUUCUGGAGACCGGAACGAAGAGGAAGAAAAGUGCAGACAGCUCCGAUGUCGAUACAGCUACUGGAGAGAACUCGGGUAGCCACAAGAAGGCCAGCGCUGCCCUGAAGGCUCCCCCAAACUUCGACUUCAAUGAUCCUCCCGAGAAGGUUACUUGGGUCCUAACCGAUUCUUCUGAGGGGUCAUGGGCCCCGUGUGUGAAUGCUAAGGCGGUGCCUGAGUCCACAGUCCGAGAAUGGGCUGCAGCCUUCAAGUUCACAUCUUCUAAGAAGCGUUGAACUGUUUGAGUUAUUCUCCUCUAGGAGGCUCGUGCUGCUUCAGUUUGCUCCUUGCAUCACAGAUCCGGGCAUGUUUUUUUGGGUCUAAGCUGUCCAUGACAGACUCAGCACAGAGAGGAAAGGGCAAGGGCCGCGGAGGUUUCGUUUCAUUCUGGCUUCUUCUCACUAUGAGGAGCAUCGUCCUGAUAAGUGGUAGAGUAGAAGAGAUCAUAGUGAUGUUAUCGUGAACUCGUUUUAUAUGUUGCAACACAUUUCGUGUUAUGGCCUGCCAAUCCAAGGAUUUGGAAGCAGUGUUAUCAGAA